AUGUAUGCUACAUCAUCUUUCUGGUUGGCUGUGGGUAUAUUCAUCACCAUGCCUUUUACCAAAACUGCAAACGUCGUUCUCGCCCGUGGUAUUAACGCCAUCUCACGCAACAGUCUUUCCAAGAAAAAUGGCCGUGGCAAGAUGAUCAAGAAGGGUGGUGACAAGAAGGUUACGGCUAUCAAGAAACCGUCUACUAGGAAGUGGUACCCGGCUGACUACAUCCCAAAGCCGCUUCCUUCGGCAAAGACCAAGCGCAACAGCGUCAAGACCGCUAAGCUGCGCAAGUCCAUUACUCCCGGCACAGUUCUCAUUCUGCUCUCGGGUCGAUUCCGUGGCAAACGUGUGGUCUUUUUGAAGCAGUUGGCUUCGGGUCUGCUGCUUGUUACUGGUCCGUACAAGGUCAACGGUGUGCCGCUUCGUCGCGUGAACCAGUCGUACGUGAUUGCCACGUCGACCAAGGUUAACAUUGAGGGCCUGGAGCUUCCUGCCAUUGACGAUGCCUACUUUGCCAAGGAGAAGUCCACUAAGCAGAGCAAGGAGGAGCAGUUUUUUGCCGAGUCGAACGCUGCCCCUGUUAUCUCAGAACAGCGCAAGAAGGACCAGAAGACUGUGGACUCGGCUUUGAUCAAGAAGCUUGACGCCGAGCCGUUCCUCAAGGCCUACUUGAAUGCUAAGUUCACGCUGACCAAGAGCGACCGUGCUCAUGCCCUCAAGUUCUAA